AUGGAGAUCAGAAACUACACAACUGCGACAGAAUUUGUUAUUCUGGGGCUAACAGAGGACUCUACAGUUUCUACCAUUUUAUUUAUUCUUUUUCUAGGAAUCUAUGGGGUCACUUUAAUAGGCAAUGUCAGCAUAAUUCUGCUAAUCAGAAACAGCCCCCAAUUGCAUACCCCUAUGUACCUUUUCCUCUGCCACUUGGCCUUUGUAGACAUCGGGUACUCCACUUCAGUCACACCUGUCAUGCUUGCGGGUUUCCUCAGGGAAAAAACGACCAUUCCUGUUGCUGGUUGUGUGUCCCAGCUCUGUUCUGUGGUCACAUUUGGGACAGCGGAGUGCUUCUUCCUCGCUGCCAUGGCCUAUGAUCGCUAUGUAGCCAUCUGCUCACCCCUUCUCUACUCCACCCACAUGUCCCCCAGGAUCUGCAUUCUUUUGGUGGGAACAUCCUACUUAGGUGGGUGUGUGAAUGCUUGGACAUUUACUGCUUGUUUACUAAGGCUGUCCUUCUGUGGACCAAAUAAAGUUAAUCACUUUUUCUGUGACUAUUCUCCACUUUUGAAGCUUUCUUGUUCCCACGAUUUUGCUUCUGAAAUCAUCCCUGCCAUCUCUUCUGGUUCCAUCAUUGUGGUCACUGUACUCAUCAUUGCUCUCUCUUAUGUCUACAUCCUUAUCUCCAUCCUGAAGAUGCGCUCUUCUGAGGGGCGGCACAAAGCCUUCUCCACAUGUACCUCCCACCUCACAGCAGUCACGCUGUUCUAUGGGACCAUCACAUUCAUUUAUGUGAUGCCCAAGUCCAGCUACUCAACUGAACAAAACAAGGUGGUGUCCGUGUUCUAUACAGUUGUGAUCCCCAUGUUGAAUCCCCUCAUCUACAGCUUAAGGAACAAGGAGGUUAAAGAGGCCAUGAGGAAACUGAUGGCUAGACACAUUGUUGAUCAUAAAAUAAUCUGA